CAACUGUUCCCUACGCCGCCUGGUAUUUUCUGAUAAGCUGCUUCUUUCUUCUCUCUCACUCUUUGCCAAAAAUAAAUAAUUAAAAAAAUCCUUCUUAAUUCUCUAUUCAAAUCAAACCAUGAUCUUCAGAUAGCAUCAAACAGAGCUCUCAAAAGCAGAAAAAAGAAAACCCUUUUGUUUUUUUUUUUUCUCUCAGGAUACCAAAUAAGAAGAAAACCCCACUUCCUGAAAUUGAAGUUGAAGUGGUUGGAAGGGAUACAUGGAGAGUAGCAGUGGGAGAGAGAGCAAUGGCCGUGUACCACUGUCAGGGGUGGUGGCAGAUUGUGUGAAACGGUGGUUCAAGGACACUCUCAAGGAGGCUAAAGCAGGGGACAUCAACAUGCAGGUGUUGGUGGGUCAGAUGUAUUACAGUGGCUAUGGUGUUCCAAGAGAUGCACAGAAGGGAAGAAUUUGGCUGACUAAAGCAUCAAGGAUUAGGUCUUCAGUUUGGAAAGUCGGUGAUAAGCGUCCAGGUUAUAAUGCGAGUGAUUCUGAUUCUGACGAAUUGAAGGAGGAUUCUUAAGCAGACAAAAUUUGAUUUCAUGCAUAAAAUUUCUGAAAGGUGUGCAGCAGCAUCCUGCUUCUUCAUGGCCACCAUGGAUGUUUUUGGUUGCAACUUGCAGUUUUACAUUUGCUUUAUGAUCUCUGGCCUGUAUGAUUUGCAAGACCUUAUUUAUUUUUUUCAAUCAAGGAAAAAGAAAAGGCAAUUUAUUACUAUUUGAGCAAAUUGUUGCUUUGUAAUUGAGGGUUGCUUGAUAUAUCAUGCAAGUAGAAGAGAUAGGUAUAUAAACUAUACAUUUUUAACCUGGAAUGCACAUCAUUCCGAAGGCUAAAAAAGUCUCUGGAAUUUGGAGCAACAUUCAGGCUUCCAAAAGAUGUUAAUCUCCUAAAUUUCAGACAGUCAUUCAUCAGGU